GGGUACGAGCCUGUCUGCAAACCUCAGUUCGAGAACAAGAAGAGAAGUAUGAAAUCCAAGGUGGCCCACAGAGAGGCCGGCUCAACAGAGAACAUCUGCUGCCUAAGUUGUUUGAUGGAUGCUACUUCUAUUUUCUGGGAUCUUUCAGCCAUCACCAGAAGAGUGAUCUUGUGGAGUUAGUCAAAGCAGCAGGAGGACAAAUUCUGGUUAGGCAGCCGAAGCCAGACAGUGAUGUGACCCAAACAAUCAACACAGUGGCAUACCAUGCAGACUGUACUUCUGACCAGAGGUUUUGCACUCAGUAUGUAAUCUAUGAUGCUUCUUCUAAAUUCAAGCCGGAGAAAAUUCGUCAGGGCAAAGUCUGGAUGGCCCCUUCCAGCUGGCUUAUAGACUGUGUGAUGUCAUUUCAGCUCCUGCCUGUCAAAUGA